UACAGUAAUGCCUACAGUGUGAACCACUUCACUGGAGACAGAGAGAGAGAGAGAGAGAGAGAGACAGAGAGAAAGAGAGAGAGACGCAGGAGAAAGACACCGAUUUAUCCGAACUCGAGACACGUAUCAUUUUAAACAAGAGGAAUAUAUAUUUAUUUUUAUUUUAUUUUAUUUCUUAAAGAAGGCUGCUUGUUUUCUCCCCACUCGGAUAGCCGGACAUGCUAACCGUCGCUGAAGAAUCCGAUUCGGGCAAACGGACACGGUCGAGCCGUCGAGAUUUCUCCGCGUCGACAUUUUAACCAUUUUUUUUUUGGCUCAAAAAGAAAACGAGAGAAAAAAUAUAUUUGUUUAAAAAAAAAAAACUGGUAUCAUUUGUGAUAUAUGAAUAUAGAUUCAUAGAUACACACACACACACACACACACACACACACACAUAUAUAUAUAGCGUUAUUCUGUUGAGCCGGAACGAAUACAUAGAAAAGAGAAAGAAAAAGAGCUCGCGCGGAAUGUGAAUACAGCUCGUUAGCCUCGUUAGCUAUUUCUUUUCUCUUUUUAAAAUUUUAUUUACAUUUAAAUGUUCUUAUUCUAGCUAUUCAGUUAUCUGUAUUUAAUCACCGACGCUUACAUAUAUAUAUAUAUAUAUAUAUAUAUAUAUAUAUAUAUAUAUAUAUAUAUGUAUAUAUGUAUAUAUACACAUAUAUAUCUACCUCCGUGCCCUCCGUUUUAACAGCGUGUCAGAGGGAAUAAGCUUCUCGACUUUCCAAUAAGUGUGUUUUUCUGUGUGUGUGUGUGUACAUUUUAGAGGUGUUUUUGUACAUAAUUUUAUAUCUAUAUAUGUAUGUACACACACAUUAAAAAAAAGAGAAAGAAACCAUGAACGCGGCUAGUUCUGUAGUUAUUAAUCCUUCGUUAUGGAAAACUGGCCCAGAGAGAAGUGAUCAGAUUGAGCUGUGACAGUUUGCCUCAUCAAGUGGAUCACAUUGUGAUCUGUUGUUGAGUCGUUUUUGAUCCAGUAUGGGAUUUGUAGUCGACAAAUCGUGUGGUCUAUCUUAUCAGCAUUAAUCCCACACGGAAAUAAUCUACUAAUGUGUUAAUUUUCUCUCUCUCUCAUAUACAUGAUUUCUGUCUCUCUUUCUGAUCUUUUUUUGUGUGAAGCAGUAACGAUUCGUUCGAUCGAGUCAAUCGCUCGGGAUCCAGUGAAUCGAUCGUUUUUUCCUGUGAACUUCUUAUAAUUCUUGGGAUAUUUCUACACCUCCCACCCCCCUCGCUCCCAUCAGCAUGGAUGUGUUUUAAAGCGAUUGAUCAGUGGUAAAGAGAGCGAACAGGGACAUUACUGGAGGCCUGUCGGAUUCUGAAGAAAGGAUCUACUUGUUUUUGUUUUCAAAAGGACCAAUUAUAUAGAAAUCUAUAGAAAAUGGGUUCUGCGACAAAACUGGCCUUCGGCGUGUUCCUCAUCUCCUGCUCCUCAGGCGCCAUCCUGGGACGCUCGGAGACACGCGAGUGCGUGCACUACAACUACGGUCCGAGCUCGGAGCAGCAGGGCAACCGCUCCGGCAUCGAGUCCUGCGUAGGAGACAAGGACAAGCGGCUGCACUGCUUCGCCACGUGGCGUAACGUGUCCGGGAACAUAGCAGUGGUGAAGCAGGGCUGCUGGCUGGAUGACGUCAAUUGCUACGACAGCACGGAGUGCGUGGAGAGGAAAGAGGACCCCGAAGUGUUUUUCUGCUGCUGCGAAGGCAACAUGUGCAACGAGAAGUUUUUCUACAACCCGGACACUCCGCCCAUACAGAGUAAGACUCCGAUCACCGACCGAAGCAGUGGCGUUUUUAAAGCUACGUCUAACCCGUUUACCCAGAAGCCACCGCUGUUCAGCACCCUCCUGUACUCGCUGGUGCCGAUCAUGGGCAUCGCUGCCAUCGCCCUCCUCAGCUUUUGGAUGUAUCGGCAUCACAAGCUGGCGUAUCCGCCCGUCCUGGUGCCCACGCAGGACCCUGGCCCCAUGCCCCCUUCACCCAUCCUUGGCCAGAAGCCACUGCAGUUGCUGGAGAUUAAAGCCCGCGGUCGGUUCGGCUGUGUGUGGAAAGCUCAGCUGCUCAACGACUAUGUGGCUGUCAAGAUCUUCCCUAUUCAGGAUAAGCAGUCUUGGCAAAAUGAGUAUGAGAUCUACAACCUUCCUGGCAUGAGGCACGAGAACAUCCUGCAGUUCAUCGGCGCAGAGAAAAGAGGAGCCAAUCUGGACUCUGAGCUGUGGCUCAUUACUGCUUACCACGAAAAGGGUUCGCUGACCGACUAUCUGAAGGCCAACGUGGUGACGUGGAACGAGCUUUGCCACAUCGCUCAGACCAUGGCGCGAGGUCUAGCAUACCUCCAUGCCGAUGUCCCUGGCCUCAGGGACAGACACAAGCCAGCCGUUGCUCACAGGGAUAUCAAGAGUAAAAACGUGCUGUUGAAGGCUAAUCUGUCAGCCUGCAUCGCUGAUUUUGGCCUGGCCUUGAGGUUCGAGGCCGGCAAAUCUGCCGGGGACACACACGGACAAGUGGGAACGAGGCGCUACAUGGCUCCCGAGGUGCUGGAGGGGGCCAUCAAUUUCCAGCGAGACGCCUUUCUCAGGAUAGACAUGUACGCCGUGGGGCUGGUGCUGUGGGAACUGGCGUCCCGCUGCACAGCCGCAGACGGUCCAGUGGAUGAGUACAUGCUGCCUUUUGAGGAGGAGGUGGGUCAGCACCCCACUCUGGAGGACAUGCAGGAGGUGGUGGUGCAUAAAAAGCUGAGGCCUACGCUGCGCGAGUGCUGGCAUAAACAUCCGGGUCUGAGCAUGCUGUGCGAGACCAUAGAGGAGUGCUGGGACCAUGAGGCCGAAGCUCGUCUCUCAGCAGGCUGCGUAGAGGAGCGCGUGCUACAGGUGCAGCGCCUCGCCAGCAUUUCCGCCCCCGAUGACAUCGUCACCGUCGUCACCAUGGUGACAAACGUGGACUUUCCACCCAAAGAAUCCUUCCUAUGACUAGAGGAGAACAGCGUGUGACGUCACACGGGCGAAGAAAAUGUUUUUGUUUUUUUUAAACGCAUAGCUCAGAGCUGCUAGCUCGAAAUCCCUGGUGAUUGUACCGUACACUGGGUUGGUUGCAGUCACCAAUGCUGGAUUUGACCAUUUACGUGCUCGUUUCAGCAGCACUGCGCGUGUGUCUGCGCGCAUGUGUGUGUGUGUGUGUGUGUGUGUGUGUGAGAACACUCAUGUCAUGGGGCCUUCUGGACAGGCUGAACAGAUUUCAAUCCAACAAGAGGACCUCAGGCGACACUCUCUCACGUUUAGCAACCGGACAGCAUCACACGUGAAGCUAUUGACUGGUAUUUCUUUUUUUUGUCAUCUGUGCCAGAGAGAGAGAGAGAGCGAGAGAGAGAGAGAGAGCAUUUUCCCUCUGAGCAAAGGAGACUUUUCCUUUCCUCAUUUCAGUGUAAAAGAAAGAAAAAGGGUGACUUUCUCGAAACACAUUUGACUUGUUGCGAUGCCAAUACGAAACAGCUUCUGAAUGUCUAGUGUGUCACUGCUGUAUAUUCAACCAAGAGGGUGGGGGAAAAAAAAACAAAUCGAUUGUUUUGUAUCUCUGGAUUUCCCUCCCAGCGUUUCUGUCAAAUAACCACGAACCUCUCUCGACAAGGUAUACCUCAGUUUCUCAUCCUAAUAACAAGUUUGUUUUGUAACACUAUAUAAAGGAGAAAAAAAAAUACUAAGCUUUCCGUCGUCCUGCAAUGGGCACAGAGCUUUUUAAUACGGGGGAAAAACCUUUUUUUUUUUUUAAUCGAUAUAUAUAUAUAUAUAUAUAUAUAUAUAUAUAUAUAUAUAUAUAUAUAUUAUAAAACGACAGAUUAUGCCAAGAAAAUAUGGCCAUUCAUAAACCAGUGUUUUCUGCCUUUCUUUCUAUUACUUCAUGUCUUUCUGUGUUGCCCUGCUGUUAAAAAAAAUGUGACUGUUUUCUGAACAUUGUGACAAAUUGAUUGUACAAAAAAAAAAAAAAAACGGAAAAAAAAAAUCAGUUUUUAGAACUUUAUCGAAAACUUGUUGAGAAGAAAAAUCCCUGAAAUAUAUGAAUUCUGUGAAAAUAUGAAAGCACUUACCGGUAUAGGUUUGCAGUGUCCUCACAGCAAUUGACAUAUGUGCAUGCCUUGUAUUUCUUUUUCUCUCGUGCGUGAAAUCUUGAGCAGUCGUCAAUUUUUUCUUUCUUUUUUUUUUUUAUCCAUCAUUUGCUUUAGUUGCAAUCCAUCUUCAAUCAGGGUGGGGUUUCCCUCCCCCUUUUCCCAUUUCCUCCUGGGAAAUCCUCCUCUGCGUCCUAAGCUAACCCUAGAUCCCAACCCCAGUGUAAAUACGUAUAUCGUUGAAAACUAGCCUCAGAUUAGCGGCUACACGUCACAACGUUUGAAUACUUCAUGUCUCAGGAAGCCCUUAUCUUUUGAGCGUUUCUCCUUCUGGUGCCAUUCUGGUGAUCCACGUUGUAUUGUGUAUGCAAGAGGCCUUCGUAACAUCCUUUAUUCACCCGCUCCACCCUGGAUAUCACAAGCUGGACUUUUUUCCUUCCCCCCAUUAUGCGUUUUUAAGCACCAAGCUACACGAUGCCAUACGAAUAGGUUUUUCGAGAUCUAAGACUUGAAACACAAGUAUUAUCUUAAUAUGCUGGUGUCAUUCAUUAAUAACAGCGGGCCUACGUUGACUACUGAACUGCUGAACGGAUUCAGGUCGCUGUUGUUUGUUUGUUUGUUUGUUUGUUUGUUUCAACCCAUCAUACACCAUCGUAAAGCGUUCAGGUCUCCGUGACCGUAUGCAAGCGUGCUCUCAACUCCAGCGUUUCCAGUCGACCUCGCGCACCCGCCUGCAUCGUUCUGCUCAUCUUUCUGACCAGGUGCCAACGCGUAUCAGUGCAAGAGCGCACAAACUUUCCUCAGAGAGCUCCUGUGCUAGCGCUCGUUCUACCUUCGCAGCUCUGGACCAUGAUUUAAUUUGCACGGUGCUGACGGGCUGCUAGCUUUUAUUAAAGGCCACGUUAGCAUUUUUGUUCGAGAGAAGUAUUCGUCGAAACACCAGGCGAGCUCGUUGUGCUCGUGGAAGGCUGGUUUGCCUGUAGUCUCAGCCUGGAUUUGAGCCUUCAGCCUACAUGCUGACACCUACUAUUUUUCUUAGUAGCUUCUGUUUGUGUAUAUCCAUGUAGCUGUUUUUUUAACGCCUUGUUCAACAUAACCUUGGGGGUGUGUCUGAAAUGGAAAUCGGGAAGGCAUUGAUUUCGGUCACAAUCCAAUCCAGUCCAGUUCAAUGUAGAGAGCAAUACAAUGGUUUGUGUAUAAUUUAUAUUUAUUAUUAAGAUAUAUACAAUGUAUUUGUUAAGUAGUUGGUCUUCACACCAAGCCAGUGCUUAUUCAGUAAAAAUAAAAUCCAUGUAGAUGAAUGGUUUGCAAGUGUUGUGUGAUAUAUGAAUAUCAAUGUAAAUAUUUGAGUCAGAUACAGGCACUAAUUUGUGAAAAUCUGAUCGGACAGCCCCUUCCCUACACCAUACGACGUCCUUUCGAUGACUGCGUUAUUAAAGCAAAGCCGUUUUUUGUCUGUCGUUUAAAUACUGUUCAGUUGUGAGGGCAACGACGGACCCUACGGGCUAUCGUUUUUAUCAUUUUAUCAUUUAUACUUUAACCAGCAGGUGGCAAUAAAUACAGCUUUCAAUCUUCACUGCCCUGGACAGCUGUCUCACAAACCGAAUUUCUCUAUACGUGGCCAAAAGUAUGUGGACACCUGACCAGCACACCCAUGUUCCCACAAAGUUAGAAACACACAAUUGUAUAUAAUAUGUUUGUAUGCUGUGGCUUUACAAAUUUCCCUUCACUGGAACUAAGAGGUCCAAACCUGUUCCAGCAUGACAGUGCCCCUGUGCACAAAGCGAGCUCCAUGAAGACACGGUUUGCCAAAGUUGGAGUGGAAGAACUCGAGUGUCCUGCACAGAGCCCUGACCUCAACCCCACUGAAUACCUUUAGGAUGAACAGGAACACCGACUGCACCCAAACAUCAAUGCCUGACCUCACUAACGCUCUUGUAUCUGAAUGAACACGAAUCCCCACAGCCACGCUCCAAAAUCUAGCGGAAAGCCUUCCCAGAAGAGUGGAGCUUAUUAUAACGGCAAACACAGGGGGAAUAAAUCUGACUAAAGCGGAUGUUCGACAAGGAGAUACAGGUGUGACGAUCAAAUCGAGCGUCCACAUACUUUUGACCACGUCGUGUAUAGUCACAGAAACGUGCCAUCUCCUUAAAGACAGGACUGUAUAGAGGUUUCCGUUUCAGACACACCCCAGAUCUUCAGUGUUAUUGUUAUGACCAGGGCUAUAAAUCCUGUUUUGAGAGACUUGCAUCUCCUUUACUCGCUUUAAAAAUCUGGCGUUUUGUUCCUGAAUAAAAAUGAUGCAUUGGGUCAUGCGAGAGCAUAAAAAAAAGAAAGAAAUAAAGGACUCUUUAACAUGUGAUCUCCCUUCUCUCACCCCUGCACCGUCUCCUCACCCUGAGCUUCCCUUCUCUCAUGUUGGCAGAAGACUGGAUUGAACAGUGCACCGUAUGUAAAUAUGAAUAAUGUUUUAGAUUGUGAAAAAUAGCAUGAGGUUGUGUUUUUUUUGUUUUGUUUUGUUUUGUUGUUUUUUUUUGUUUUGUUUUUUAAUUAUUAUGGUCUCAAACGCAAAAACGUUUUAUUAAUAUUAUGGCAAAAUAAUAUUUUAUUGUUGUUUAUUUUGUAUAUCUGUAUUUUACGUCGUUUUAUUAAUUUAUGUCACAGCCCAAACAGGUUAUUUUUAUUCCGAAUAAACGAGAAGUGGUUUUUGCUCUAUUUAUACAACUGGUCUAGUGAAACACUAAAAAGAAAAAAAGAAAAAAAAAAAUAGAUCUUGUCUCUUUACCUCAGACUUCCCGGUUCUGACUUGACGUUAUCACAACAUGAAUAAGCGGUGUAGCACGACAGACAACAUGGUGCAAGCGUUGUGAAACAUGUAACAUUUAGUGGGAAUCGACCAGCAGGUUCUUUCCUCUUCUUUCUUUUUCUCCUGGCAGCAAGAUGCACUUUGUGGUUUUUAGUUUCCUUUUUUUUUUUUUUUUUUUUUUGCUCACUGCAAUGCCACUACUAGAACUGACCAUCUUGGGUGCACGCAACUGUAUUACCUUAAUCCCGGACACGCCAUUUGAGUAAAAGUAUUUAACAAGUCAUAUUCAGGGCCUGGUUGGAAGUUGUUGUUACAUAUUGUACAGAUGAAAUUUUAUGCUACUCCUCCCUUCGAAUAAAGUAUAGUGACUGCUCUGA